AUGAAAAUACUUCUAUUAGAAAUGGAUUUAACUAAUAAAAUAGGUAAUAAUGAUAUGGAUGAGCUUGAAGAUGUAUUAGAAGAACUAGAAAUGUCAUAUGAUUGUAUUAAAUUGUUAGCAGAGGAAUAUGUAAAUAUAGAUAAUAAAUUACAAAUAAUGGAUACACCAACCAAAGAAUCUGUUGUUAGAGAUAUUCUCAAAAAGCAAGGUUUGGUCGACAAUAAAGAUUCAGAUAAUGAUGAGAAAGAGGAGGAGAAGGAAGUUAAAGAUGAAUGGAUUCUAUAUAAUGAGAAGAAAAUGGCAUUAGAAGUUGUAAAAAAGUAUCUUGAGCAAUUACAAUUUGCUACAGAAGAUGAUAUUUAUUUGUUAUAA